GGUAAUGAAGACAUGUUAAAUGAUUCUGCGGGAAGUGCUGUGUGCACCGUGAGAGAGAAACAAGAAGAUAACGGAGAACAGUUAUCGGAAACAAAAUGUACUCCUGAAAAAGGUAACUCAGCAAAUCCCCAAUCAUCAAAUAUAAACAAUGUACUAGAGAACAGUAUAUACUGCGCCAAAGUAAAAGAUCUACGCGUCAGGAUCUCUGAAGAAAUACUCAGCAUUAUUAUAUCACUAGAACGUAUUGAUAUAUACAAUAUUGAUCAGGAAGAGUUGAAGAAGAUGCAAAAGAGAUCUGCGGAGUUCAAUUCUAGGUUCAGUCGGAUACAUGUAUACCAGUUGCAGCGACAGAUCCACGAUUUGAAGCGUACAAGCAGUUGUCAGCUGCCGUACGGCCAGCACACGCAGCUGCAGGCACACAUGCUGCGCAUUGUCUCCCUGCACCAGAACUUACUGCAAGCUUACUGCGCGUUUCACAAGUCUUUCUCACAAACAAUGUGCAUCGGGGACGGGUCUCAGCCGGGGUUGGUGCUGAGUCAGCUGGUGCGAGAGAUACCGCCACCUACUCAGCAUUCCAUCAAAAAUCUUUACGCUGAUAACUUGGUAGUGACAUGUGACAAGCUGGAUGAAGUACUUGCCAAGCAUAACCAGAGAACUACUGACUUCAUCAAGAGUGUUGACGAUGAUAGAAAUCAAAAUAAAUCACAUAGAGGUAGAGGAAAGAAGUUGAAGAGUGUAAAAACUUCUUCCAGAGCUGAUGGUAAACUGUCAAUGUAUUCACUGGAUACACUUUGGGUCAAUUUGAAACCGAAGAUAUCUUCAACAAAGAAUAAUAGUUUGUCCAGUGCUAACAAGUUGACGAGCACAGCCAGCAGGACUAGUCAAAAGCAUAUUCCGAAGAAAGUAACGCCUAGAGUUAGGAGGAAGUCACCAAUUAAGUUGCGGCGACGUGAUGAUGCAGAUGUACGUACCAUGGUUGAAGCCGUCACUGCGAGUCAUGUGAGCCUGGUACCUAGUGUACUGCCUUCUCCUACUAAAGCACAAACCUCCCGUACUAAAGUACCCACGCCACGACUGAAACGAGUAGAAACUUCUAGAAGGAACCAGAAGAUGAAGAAACCCACUGAAGAAGUGAAAACGAAUAUAGAAUCUUCUAGAAGAGAAACAGCAAAUGAGUCUCCUAAGGAAGUGGUGAAGAGUAGCAAAGUGGUAUCUCCGGUUGUCCCUUUUGAACCUGAUACAAGCAGGAGUGAGAAGAAAUACAAGAUCCCGGAAGCCGAACUUGCGAGUGCGGAAGUCAGUCGACUCCUGAGGGAACUAUGUGGCAAUACAUCGGGGAACAAAAAUGAGCGUAUUUCUGGUGCGAAGAAUGCACAACUUCACUGUGUGAAAACCGACAGUCCGCGUCAGCACACGACGCCACAGCUUCUGCGGAUUUUAGAAGAGACUAUCCAAAAGAAAUCACCGAGGUUGUUGAAUGUGAGAUUGUCGACAAUAAAGGACAAGGAGGCGGAAAAGUAUCGUAUGUCAUUCAACAUAUCUGAGAAGACAAUAGACAAUCUAUUCCAGUACAGAACGAAAUACGUUCAACAUAUGCUGACGAGUGCGAUGUAUGCCAACAGUGCGGUAGAGAAACCCUGGGAAAUGGUCAAUAGUGUAUCGGAUCAAAUCGUCGACGAACUGCUGCUAAAGUGUGCGAAGGAGAUGGAGUUACGUUCGAUCAUAGAAAGCUUAUAUCAGAACGAGACAAAAGGAUAA